AUGGCUUCUUCGUCAAGGCUUUGCGCAAAGGGUUCGUCGACGCUGCCUUUAGAGUUGGUAGAAGAAGAGAUACUUCACAGGGUUCCUACAGAAUCUUCACAGAAGCUUGCAGUCUGGAACCCGGCUUUGAGUAGCCAGGUCAAAUGGGUCGAACCAUCGCAUGCUCACAAGCAUAAUGGUAUUUACGGUUUUGGAUACGACAGUGACAACAAGUACAAGGUUUUGAGGUUUAACAGAGGUAGGGAAAUGGAAUAUGAGAUAUAUGACCUCAAGUCUAAGCUCUGGACAUCUUUUCCCGCCACUUUCGAUUGGUCUCCGAUAAAGCCGAUCCAAAACGUGUCUAUGAAGGGAAACAUGUAUUGGAUUGCUAAAAGCGACAAGACUCGCAAAACCUUCAUCCAAAGUUUCGAUUUCUCCACGGAGACAUUCAAGCCCAUAUGCUCCUCUAACCCCGUUGAGGCAAGGGUUGUAGGUGUCUACCAAAACAAUAUGAUGAACCAUCACGAUAUGAUAAGAUUUGUCGAACUUGAUAUUGUAGUCUUGUCAGAUUUCGGAGGAGACAGGCUUUCUUUACUACAUCAACACAGAGAUAAAGUCAGCACAAGGGAGAUCAAGAUCGAGGUGUGGGUCACAAACAAGGUGACUGAUAGUGUUGUCUCGUGGACUAAGUAUUUUACUCACUCUCAUCUCCCUAUAUUACUUGACGACAACUUCUCUCUCCGUCAUCCAUCAUACUUCAUCCACAAGACCAAUGGUAUCAUGCUAUGGUGCGAUAGAGUUUUACAAGAUGAGGAUGGUAUUGUGCGUGCCAGCUUUUACGAAAUUGGUGAGGGUGAGAUCAAAAAAGUUGAGAUUGGACCACGGUUUAGUUCUAAUGGAGAAAACAACCUUUGUAUUGGUGGCUCUACUUACGUUCCAAGUCUGGUUCCGGUUCCAUAA